AUGAGACGUGGUUGGAAAACAGCAUUAGUUUGUACUGAUACAUUUCAUGCUGAUGCAUUUGAUCAAUUGAAACAAAAAGCAACUAAAGCACAUAUACCAUUUUAUGGCAAUUAUACAGAAAGUGAUCCAUUAGUCAUUGCUAUGGACGAUGUUGAAACAUUUCGUAAAGAUAAUUUUGAAUUAAUUGUUGUUGAUAUAAGUGGUCGACAUGCACCAGAUGGAUUGUUAUUCGAAGAAAUGCUUUAA